AUGUCUGACACAGAAGAAGUCCUGGAGGAGGAAGUGCAGGAGGAGGGAGCACAAGAGGAGGCAGUAGAUGAGUCGAAGUCGAAGCCUAAGUUUAUGACAAAUGUAUCCGCCCCAAAGAUCCCUGAUGGGGAUAAAGUGGAUUUUGACGACAUCCACAGAAAGCGUCUGGAUAAGGAUCUGUCUGAGCUGCAGUCUCUCAUCGAGGCUCACUUCAUCCAGAGGAAGAAAGAGGAGGAGGAGCUCAUCGCCCUCGUGAACAGAAUCGAGAAGCGUCGUGCAGAGAGGGCAGAGCAGCAGAGGGUCAGGUCAGAGAGAGAGAAGGAGAGACAGGCCAGACUUUUGGAGGAGAAGGAACGUAGGGAGAUGGAUGACCAGCGUAAGAAGAUGGGAGAUGACGCCAAGAAGAAGAAGGCUCUCUCCAGCAUGACCCAGCAGUACAGUGCUGGACAAAAGACUGACAACAGAAAAGGAGGUAAGAAGCAAACCGAGAGGGAGAAGAAGAAGAAGAUCCUGGCUGACCGCAGGAAGACUUUCAACAUUGAUCAUCUGAACGAAGAUAAACUCAAGGAGAAGGCAAAUGAGCUGUGGCAGUGGCUGAUGGGUCUGGAAGCUGAGAAGUUUGACCUCAGUGAGAAACUCAAAAGACAGAAAUAUGAUAUUAACCAGCUUCUUGCUCGAGUCCAGGAUCACCAGAGUGCUAAAGGUCGUGGCAAGGGUAAGCUGGGCGGCCGGCUGAGGUAA